GAAAAUGGAGAAACUAGAAGAACGUCUCUGCAUCGCCGCCAAGAAAGGCGGCGCCGACGAGGUUAAAACUCUCAUAGAGGCCGGCGCCGAUGUUUCCUUUUUCGAUGAUGAAGGUAUGACCCCAUUGAUGCACGCAGCUAAACAAGGUCAUGCUUCAGUGGUCAAGCUUCUUCUUGAAGCCGGCGCACCCUGGAACGCCCUGUCUCCUUCCAACCUCUCCGCCGGUGAUUUCGCCAUGGAAGCCACUCAUGAAGAAGCCUUCAACGUUCUCCUCAAUGCUGGGAUUCAAGCUGAGCUUAUCCUUGGUACCAUUGCGCGAAAACAAAAACCCACUGUUGAUUCAGAUGGAGAUUACUUAGAAGAUAGAGUUACUUUUAGUGAGGACAAAUUGAUGGAUUCUAAUAGUAAGGCUGUAAUGAUGGCAUGGGAGAAACCUCUUAUGGAAGCUCAUGCAAAAGCUAUAAGUAUGGGUGGUGGUCAUAUCUUGAACAUUGGUUUUGGGAUGGGUCUUGUGGACAGUGCUAUUCAACAAUAUUCUCCUAUUUCACACACAAUUGUAGAGGCUCAUCCAGAUGUUUAUCAGCGGAUGCUUCGUUUGGGUUGGGGUGAAAAGGAGAAUGUCAAGAUAAUAUUUGGUCGGUGGCAGGAUGUUCUUCAUCAAUUGAAUUUGUAUGAUGGUAUUUUUUUCGAUACAUACGGGGAGUAUUAUGAAGAUAUGAGAGAGUUCCACCAACAUCUUCCUUCUAUGCUAAAACCUGGAGGAGUUUAUUCAUUUUUCAAUGGAUUAUGUGGAGGUAAUGCUUUCUUCCACACUGUUUACUGUCAGUUGGUUUCUCUGGAACUUGAGAGCUUGGGAUAUUCGACACAGUUUGUAGCUUUACCAGUGAAGGAUUGUUUGGGGGAAGAAGUUUGGGAGGGUGUCAAACACAAGUAUUGGCAGUUGGAUACUUAUUAUCUUCCUGUUUGUCAGUCUAGUGAUGAAUCUGAAUGAUGUGGACUAUUGACUUGUUUUAUUGAUGUUUAACCUCAAAUUCCUAUAUAAUGUCACCCACCAUUUCGUUGAGAUUUAUUGUUGUAAGAAGAGAUUACUUGGUAUCUUUUCUUCUUUUUUUCCUGUUAUGCGAUGCAGAUUGUUUGGUUAUUUAUA